AUGCCGGAGAUGACAGAAACUCAGAGCCCUGGUCGCAAGCCUAAAAAGAAGAAAAAUAAAGAAUCCCACAAUGCAGUUGAGAGACACAGAAAAGAGAAGAUCAAUGCUGGGAUUAAUCGCAUUGGUAACCUUCUGCCAUGCUCCCAGGCUCUGAAACAGAGCAAGAACAUGAUCUUAGACCAGGCUUUUCGUUAUAUCACCGACCUGAAGAAACAGAAUGAUACGAUGCUUCUCGAAGGAGGGGAUAAAGUGCAAGCGGAGGAGAUCCGUCGACUCCGACGUCAGCUGGAAGAGCUAAGGAAGGAGAGUGCCCACUACAUUGACCUCCUUAAAGCCCAUGACAUCAACUUCCUGGAAGACCCCACCAUCCACUGGAAGGGCAAACAGCGCUGUGCCAAGGUGGCCAAGGUGACGCCCUGUCAUCAACUCCCAAAGGGAAUCAUCGUCUAUUCCAAUGGGAAUGUUAUCUGCCCUGCGGGAAAAGAGACUAACGUGGGGAAACAGCCUCCUGAAGCUGUUAUUGUUAAUCCAUCCCCUGAGGUCGGUGCUGGCAUGAGGGUAAACGGAGCCUUCCUGCAGGUUAAUGCCUCCUCCUCUGCCCCCUCACUGAUUCCCAGUGCUGCAGUGUCCCCCACAGAGUCUAUGCCAGGCCUGAGAGUGGUAGAGCAGUGCGUGGUUGACACGGCAGCCACACCGUCCACACUGCCACCGUCUGUAUCCUAUAUAACGCUUCAGAUCCCAGCUAUUACCACCACCCUACACCAACAGCCCCAGCCUGCCACUCCAGCCCAAAGCUUGACUGUAGCUGGCAGCUUAGCCUCACAGCUCCCCUCUCAAAGCCCUGCUCAGCCUGUCUCAAGUCUCACUGCCCUCCAUCACACUGUAACUACAUCUAAAGCUGUAGUCUCAGAGGUUAGCUCCUUGGUAACACAAGACUCUGCCAUCAGGACUGUGAGCCACACUACUGUUGCCAACUGCUCUGCCCUUCUUAGGGCUGGGGCAGCAGGCAGUACACAAACUACUUGGACCACUUUGCAACUCGCAGGUAACACUGUGCAGCCAGUCUGCCAGAGUCUGUCCACUGCAGAGGUUGGCAAUGCAAGCCAGGCUGUCCAGCAGUUGACUGUGUGCCCCCCGGGAAACAAACAAUCUGUUCAGCCCAUUCAAAUCCAGAUGCGGCCUCAGGCACCUGUACAGCAGGCACCCAUCAUGGCUCAUAUCCAAGCACAGCCAAUUCAAAGGCCUGCCCAGCUACGGCCGGCCAUCCUGACCCAGGCACAGCCCCAGCCUGUCCUUGCCCCGCAACCCCAAUGUGCUGUUCUUCCUCAAUCAACCAUAGUGCCCCAGCCCAUUGUAGUGUCACAGCCUCAGCCUGCUGUACUGCAACCAGCAUCAGUGAUUCCCCAUCCUCAGUCAAGCAUUAUUCCUCAGCCCCAGCCCCAGGCCACUGUGCUACCUCUGCUCCAGACCAUGCAGUUACUGCAGGUUAACCCGACGGGGGCAACAGUGUCUGGAGUAACGGCUCCACAGAACACUAAAAAUCCAAGUGUGGUUAUCCUGCAACAUGCCAAUACCUGCCCAGCCCAGUCUAUUGUAAGAGAAGAGCUAACCAAUCAAACGCCUUGCCAGCAUAUUGUUAUUAUUCAAGCCCCCAAUCAGACAGCACCUGCACCUCAGACUCCUCAGGUUGGCAUGGUGCCUGCUGCUGUUCCCACUGCAGUGCCAGCUGUGCCCACCCAGAUUGCCACAACCAGCUGUGCGACAUCUACCACUUGCUUACAGACUGUUGGGGGAAAACAGCUGGUGCACAUUUUACCACGUCCUAUUCAACCACAGGUGACCCAGCCUUCACAGGUUACCCAGGUUUCUUCUACCCCAUCUAUUCCUCCAUCCCCACAAACCUUCACUGUUAAUGGGCAGGUUUUUGCCCUGCACCCCAUGAAGACCUCAGACAAAGGGGGCUCCCAGGGUGGCCAGAGCACACUGCAGCUGGUGCAGCCCACCACCACAGAGGAACCAACCACCAAUGUGGCCCUCAACAGUCUAGGGGCCCUUAGCACCCUCAACCAGAGCAUCUCUCAGGGCCUCCCUCUCUCCAUCUCAAACCAAAACAGCGUUCAGCUCCCAGCUGCUCCACCAUCAGUGGUCCAGCCCCAACAGCCGCCACCUUCGGUUAGUGUCACCAGAGCAACACUCACUCCUGUCAGACAGCUAAAACAGACACCCUGCUUAAACCCAGUGACACCGGGACCGGCAGGUAAUGUCUUUAAAACCUCAAGGAGGGGGCCUCGUACUAAAAGAACCGCAGCCAAGAAGACUAAACCAAUCAAGAAGAUAGAGCUCCACUGGGCACAAAACACUGUCACCAUCACAGCAAAGGCUGCAGCUGCUGCAGGAGAAGUCUCCUCUACAAAGAUCAGAGACGCAGGAAAUAGUAGCCCCUCAACGCAGAACACAGUGAAAACAAAGUCCACCUGUAGCUCUUCUAGUGACCCAACUGAACCCAGUCAAACCUUGCCACACAGCAUAACCCCUGCCAGCAGCACUAUGACUAUCUCCCAGGGUGUAUCCACUGCUAGCACCAGCACAACACAGAGUGAAGUUAUUGUCAGUCAGGCUAACAGCAGCGCUAUGGCCACAACAGUCACAACUUUCAACGUCACAACAGUCCAGCCCCAGCCCACAGUAACCUCAGCUGUAGCCAUGGAGAGUAAACCAGCUGUAGUGGUUGGCAUAAGCUCCCCUGUAAACAAACUCUCUGUUGUGCAGAGUACACAGCCUGUCAUCGCUACUGCAGCUAGCACAGCACAAACUAGAUCAGCAGCCACCACUGCCAGUUCAAGACACAACCAAUCUCUGGUCACUAGCGUAUUUGCCACUGAGAAUCAGUGUACCCUGACCAAUGUGACUACCAUCACUAGUAGCCUUCCAAUUUGCACUGCUACAGCUGCUCAGAGCACGGCUGUGGUCUCAUUCCAGGCUUCUCAAAACCCUUCAGUGUGCCCUCCGAAAGCAUCCAAAACCACAGAUGUUGGAUCCUAUGCUAAGCCUGAGCCUCAAUCCACUGUAUCUCCCACUGUGUCCAAUACCAUUCCUCUCUCACUGGCUGCUCCAUCCCUUAAAGCAGUUUCUAUUCCAGCCUCAGACGCUUCAGAGUAUAGAAAAAGGGUUGUGGGUGGUAGAACUCUGACUCAGCAGCCAGAGCUGAGCUUGGCUACAUCUUCUCCCUCCCACACUGCUGAGGGCAAACUGCUCCAGGGUCCCGGGAAGGGCAGGGAUACUCGGAAGGAUGGACAGCACACAGCAGCAACAGAGAAAGAGGGUGUGGCCGCUGCUGCUACAGCUGACACACCCUCCAGGAAAGACUACACUGUACCUCAUCAGGUGUACACCAGUUUAGAUCAUGACAUCAUGGAGAAUCCAAUGACAUCUGGUCAACAGACAGACUCUUCCUUGUCUGCAGGUGCUGGAGGAGGAAGGGGCUUCUCUGUGGCCUCAAUGCUGCCCCAGGGCCACAAUAUCAGUGCUUCGUCUGGCUCAUUUGGAACAUUUACAUUCACCUCUGAGCAGGCAGAGAUCCUGGCUCUGGCCAUGCUAGAGCAGGACAGCCCUGGGAGAAGGGGCGGAGGCUGCUCUGGAGACAAUUCCACUUCUGCCAACCCAACCACAGCUAUAUGGGAGCCCCCAAAGACACCACCCACCUCCACCAACCAGGAGCGAAACUCAGCUGGACAACAGGCAAAGGUGAGUAAGCCUAUGGAUGUGGCAGUGAGUAAACCCCCCACCCAGGUGUUGGUCAGAGCACAAGUCAGAGAUGGGGCUGUCAGUGGGCCUACAGCAACCAGGCAUCCACAGAACAUCUCUUACUCCCAGUCUCACCCACAGGUCCAGUCUCAGAGCCAAUCCCAGGGUGCCACUGUGGCUAGCCUCAGUGUCAACAACCUGAUCAGGCCCAGCUCCAGUCAGCAGCCCUACCCUGGCUCCCCUAACCUGGCUAGCCAACAGGGCUCAGUCCCAUCCCCAGUGGGGACAACCACCCAUAUAUCCCAACCAUCAAACAAUGCUCUCCCGCCUUGCUCUGGCUCAGCCCAGCUGAAUGAGUACACCCCCUUAAAGAGUGCCCUGAUGAGGGCUCAACCUGGGGUUGGUGUGAGUGAGAGGCACGUUAAGAAUGUUUCCAAGCGCCAAGCUCAGGAGGAGGUGAUGCUGCCCACUGGGAAAAGGCCCAAGCCUUGUACUCCAACAGCAGCCAGUGUCAGCAGAAUGGAGGUGAAAGGCCCAGACCAUAGCCAAAUGAUGGUGGGCCAGUUACCCCCCAACUCUUCUGCUGUCAUGACCAGGAUUAACCCAGAAGGUGCUGGAAGCCAUUUCUCCACAAACUCUUUCAUGAGCACUGUCCUCCGGCCCACUGAUAACCACUGCCCACCACAAGGACCCCCUGAACAGAACCAGCCAGGGGUCCUACACCUGCCCCAUGGGCACUCACAGCAUCCUACGCCUCAGCCUGGUCAACAUCUGGGGGGUAACCAUUACAUGAAACAACAGCAGCAGCAGCAGGAGCAGCAGAGGCACCACCUGUACCAGCUGCAACAUCACCUCACACAGCCUGACCCGACACAGCUCCACUCCCUCCACCAGAGGCCACUGCAGCAGCAGGAGCAGCAACACGGCCAGAAGAAGCGGGGACUGGUGCGAGGCACCCAGACUGGCUCUCCUGCAGGCUUGCAACAGAAACAUCACCUGGAAAAGUCUGGAGUUCAGCCUCACCCACAUCAACAACAGACGCAACACCAACAGCACACACCGCAGCAAUCCCAGCAACACCCACAACCACAGCCCCAGCACCAACAGCCUCAUUCCCAACAGCACCAACCACCACCCCAACAGCACCAACCUCAGCCCCAGGCACAACAUCAACAACAGCAACAACAACAGCAGCAGCAACAACAGUUACAGCAGCAGAACUCCCACUCCAGACACCAGCAGCACCUCCAGCAGCAGAUCCAGCAGCAGCAGCAACAGCAGCAACAGCACUUUGGGGCUCGACACCAGGAGAAGAGCUGCGAGGCCCAGACAGCUGGGCCCAGGGCACACCAUGGCGGCCACCUGGCCCAGCAAGAGCACCUCAAGGCUGGUCCGGAUCAUAAUAGCAUGCAGAGACUGAUGAACUCCAGGACCCUGGAGCAGCAGCUCAUCUCCCAGCCCAGCAACCCUGUGUCCCGGCCUUCCGAGCUGGCCUGUGCCCCAUCCCGCCAGGAACGCCACCGAGUCUCCAGUUACUCUGCUGAAGCACUUAUCGGCAAGAGCUCCUCCAGUGGAGAUCAACAGCAGCAGCGCAUGGGCCUCCACCUUCAGCCGGGUCGCAGUGCCACGCAGGAGCAGCCCGACCUCCGGGGUUAUCUGGACACGACCCGAGGGAAGGCCAACAUCGGACACAACCCCCAGAACCGUCUGCAACCAGACCAUCCGGGCUCGGCUGACGUUCAGCGGGUCUCCGAGUGCCCCCCGUUCAAGACCAUGGGCGGGGGAGGAGGGCAUCAGCUUACCAGCUUUGAGGCUCAGGUGUCUCGUGGGGGAGACAUGGCACCCAAAUCGGUGCCACCUGCCCAGAGAGGACCUCAGGGGCAGCAGCAUGGGGGGUUCAGGAUGGGUGUUGGGCCUCCAGGAGAUGGCAGAGCCCGCGGGGGCUACAGUGCCGCUCACCCUGGUUCCCAGGGAGUACAGAUAGGGGGUGGGCUGCCCCGGGAGCAGGAAGGCUGCCACCAGAGCUUCAUGCAGAGCCUCCUGUCUCCCCACCUGCCUGAACAAAGCAACCACCAGCGGCCCGUCCAGUGCUGUCCCCCGGUCAGCAUGGAGUAUAGCUGUGUGCCUGGUAGCUCUGCAGGGGACAUGCAGGCCAAAGCAUCCAGCCCCAGCGUACCGCAGACCCAGAAGACCCCAGCCAUGAGGCUUGGAGAGGGCAACAAGGGUCAUAUUCCUCAGGCCAGUGGGAACAUGCACGGAGGCCCAGGUGUGCGAGCAGGCCUUUCUCAUCCCCCUACCCCACACAGCAGCUCCGAGCCAGGCCGCUCCUCGGCCCCCUCCAGACCCCCCACCGCUGUCAGCCAGCGCUCUCGCCAUGUUGCCCAGGAUAACCAACCCACCAAGAUGAGACCUGGUGACCGGCCCCGAUCAGGCACCCUGAGACCCAGCAACCCCUUUGAGCCAGAGGGACACCUGCCUCUGUCCUCUGGGGGAGGGGUGCUGCUGGGACGACCCCAGUCUGGAGGAGAGGCCAGACGCGGCAGCAUUGUGCGCUUCAUGGCAGAUGGUGCUCCCGUUACUGGUGACAAUAACCUGGUGCCAGAUCAACACCUAGCCCAGAACUUUGGCUUCCCCUUCAUCGCUGAAGGAGGGAUGAAUCCUCCUCCUCCCAUCAAUGCCAACUCCACAUUCAUUCCUCCGGUCAGCCAGCCCAACGCCUCCCGCACCCCUGCCCUCCUGCCUGUAGAACCACAGAACACCCUGCCCUCCUUCUACACCUCUUACUCUCCUGCUGCCCACCCCAGUCUCCCCAGUGAGAUCCCACUGCAGUACUUCUCCAACCAGAUGUUUACCAGCCCCAGCGCCGACAAGGGCAGCACUGCCCCCCUCAACAACCGCUUCGGCUCUAUCCUAUCCCCGCCCCGCCCUGUGGGCUUUGGCCAGGCCAGCUUCCCCCUGCUUCCAGAUAUGCCCCCUAUGCCCAUGACUAACUCAUCAGGCAUCACCCCCCACCUGUCCAAUUUCAGUCUCACCUCUCUAUUCCCCGAGAUCGCCACAGCCAUGCCCACUGACGGCUCAGCCAUGCCAAUGUCCCCGCUGCUGUCUCUUUCCAACACCUCGGCUGCUGAUUCUAGCAAGCAGCCCAAUAGGCCUGCCCACAAUAUCAGCCACAUACUGGGCCAUGACGGCAGCUCUGCUGUAUAGGCACGGGGCCUCUUGUUGCACCACCACAGCAGACUGUCAAUCCCACAGCAGUUAGAUUCCACCUCUGUUUGAGACUUUGUUCAGAAUCAGAAUCAUGUUUAUUGGCCAUGUAGGUUUGCACUACAUGGAAUUUGACUCCGGUUUCAUGGCUGUCUCAGUGUACUUAACAUAGAAUAACAGCACUACAACACAAUAAUCUUCAGAUAUAUACACAAGGAUUGACUUAUAGAAAGCUACUUUAUUUUGUCAUUGUACCGUUACAAUGAAAAUGUGUCAUUGUACAGUUACAAUGAAAUAUGUUCUCUGCAUAUAACCCAUCCUAUUAUAUAGGAGCAGUGGGCAGCUGCAGCGCCCGGGGACCAACCCCAGUUCUUUUCAUUGCCUUGGUCAGGGGCACAGGCAGGAGUAUUAACCCUAACAUACAAGUCUUUUUGAUGGUGGGAGGAAAUGGGAGCACGUGGAGAAAACCCAUGUAGACACGGGGAGAACAUGCAAACUCCACACAGAAAGGACCUGGGACAGCCUGGGGUUCGAACCCAGGACCUUCUUGCUAUGAGGUAACAGUGCUAACCACUAGGCCACCAUGCCCAG